GACUUUGACCCGUUGCGUGAUUGCGUACAGUGCAUGCAGUGUAUGUAGCCUUCGAGAGAAAUAGAUUUGAGCCAAUUUCACAGAAAUAUCCUCAAAAUGAUUGACGUAGAAGGACUGGGACCUGAAAUCGAAGAACCUAUUACGGAAAGACCAGAAGAGGUGAAAAAGGUGAAGAAGUAUGCCUGUCCAACAUGUGGAAAGAUGUUUUCAUAUUCAUGCAACCGGUUUCGACAUCAAAAAAACAUCCACAAGAAGAUGGAAAUCUGCAAAGUUGAAGGCUGCAGUUUCCAGUGUACCAGCAAACGCAAAUUGAAUGCGCAUGAAGAAUUUUUGCAUUCUAAAGUGCCAGAUAAAGAGAUUUUGAAGUUUGUGAAUUUGGAGGAGUUUUAUACAUGGAAACUUAGAGAAGAAGUUCAGAACUUUGUUUGCUACACUAAGACAAGAGGUGACAUUAAAAUGGUAAAUUCUACUCAUAGACAUUAUCUUUGUGCUCUCUCAAGAAGAGUUGGAUUAAAAAAGAUUUCAGGCGGUAAGAAGGAGAAGUACUGUCCUGCUCGAUUGCUCUUGAAGGAGUCUAAUGAAGAUGGCUCUAUACAGGUCACUCAUUACAGGGCUCACUCCCACCCUCUGUCAUUCUCUGGGUCACAACAUCUUCCCAUGCCAGAGUCCUUGCGUCAUGAGAUCAAGGAGAGGUUGAAAGCUGGUCUCAGUCCUGAGGAGAUCAUCCGGGAACUUCAGAAAAAACACAAGUCUGAGCUUGCAAUAGCGAUAGGGGUAUACAAUCGCCUGCAGAAUGUUACCAAGUCUCAUGUGUCAGUGAUCCAGCGAAUGAUGAUCAAGAAAGGAGUCCUGAAGAAAGUGAUCCCUAAGAAAAUUAGUGGAACGACAGAAGAGGAAAGGAGAACGACAGAGGCAGCAACAGGAGUUACAGGGGUACAAGAAUUCAAACACAUGAAUAUGGGUGAAGAAUUUGUUGUGUUUGAUGGCGAGGUACAGGAGGAGAUGGAAGUUGUAGUCGUAGAUCUACCUGAAGAACCAAGCAAUGUCCCUGAUGCACAAGUCCUCAUACCUGAACCUAUCCUUUCUACGCCUAAAAUGAAGCCAAAAAAAUCCAAACAGAGGAAGAGUCCAGUACAUGCAACAACUCAACUGAUAAAUCCAGUAACUAUCAACCCGGAGGAGUACAUGAACAAUGUGUAUGAUACAUUCAAUAAGGUCAAGGUCUUACUUUGCAGUGGACAAGUAAAGAGAACUGAUCUUUCCCAAAUUCAUGAAAAUCUGCAGGAAAUAAUGAAUAUCUUCAAAGAUGAUGUUUAUGUUGAUGGGAUUGUGUAGUUAAUGAUGACAAGGUUUUCUUUCUUUUUUCUGGAAAAAAACACUGCUUGUCUGUUUCAACACUUUAAAGAGGGACUGUAUGAACUUGAUUCUUAAUCUUAAGUUUCCUAUCGAUUGAUUUCACAUUGUUUGUAGUAUACAUUUGGUUAUGGGGAAACAAACUUGUUGUCCUAAAAUUAAAUGUAUUAGCCCUGAGGCCUGGUAUUGACAGAAAAUAAAGAAAUCGAGGAAGUCAUUGUGAUGACUUGGACAUUUGUAUAUUAGCACUAUACUAACACGAUCCUAUUUGUUGGAAUGUGUUGAAGAUGUACUUGUAGAUAAUGUAGUGCUUUGUUUUCAAUAAAAUUGUGAUUUUUGUUUUCUUUAUCACAUUUAUUGUUUGUUUAUAUUUUGCUGGUCCAUUCAAAUCUACAUGUAUGUCCUACAUCACGUAAUCAACAGCUUGGAAAUUACGUCAAGCCAGUUUUCUUAUAAAAUUCAGCUUCACUUCCAGGUACAUGUACAUGUAGGGUUAACACAUUGUGCUGCACCUUUGGAAAUAAAAAAAAAACUGUCAUGCAUGGAGAUUGUGAACUAAUGUCAAAGCAGGGAGGUGUCACAGUAACUGCUGCAAGUACCACAGUCAUCAAUUUGAAAAGACAUGAGGUAGCUACAUGUAUUUGUAUUUAAUAUUUUCUGACAAUUGUUAUGAAUGUAUCUUCUUUUACUAAGGUAAAAUUGUUUUUCCCCAUGUGCUGCCUAUCAUUUUCAAUAUUUUCUCAUGCCUGUGCCUUGACAUUUAUUUUUAACAUCACUCUAUGAAUCAGAUCUAUUCAUUUUUUUCAAUCAACCACAAAAAAUAGUAUUUUGCAUGGUUCCCACUUUUCAGUACAGAACAAUUAGAGGGUUGCUUGGAAGGAAGAUUAUAGAGUUGCAAAUUAUGUUAGAUCAAAUACUAUUUAAAAGUUACCCAGUUCCUUUGUUUUUUCUGAAGCUUUCAUUUCUAGCCACAAUUUGUUCAACUUUUGGAAAUACAUGUAUGUAUACUCAAACCAAUUUGAUAUUAUGAUGGACUUCCCUAGCUCCCCCUAACUCCUAAGCCCUCAUGUAAUGACCUGACUAUGACCCGACUACGACCCGACUACGACUAUGAAUAAUUACAUGUACAUAAUAUGGAAGCAAAACUCAUAUUGGCUCAGAACCAUCAUUGCAGUUGUGCGAUUGACUACAAUUUUAAGCCAAUUUGGCCUCCCAAAAAUAAUUGAUAGUUGAUUUUCUAUCAUUAUUGGGAAAAUCAGAAAGAUUGUUUUUAAAUUUCCAUAACCAAUGCAACUGCAAUUUCUUAGAAAAUCAGAUUGCAAAAGUUUCAUGAAGUGUGUGGUGGACAUUAGAAUAUAUGUUUGUGCUAGAUGUGUGAAAUUAGAUUUGACACUUUAUCAAUGGGAACUUAAACAAAAUGAAACUCAUACUAAGCUGAAGUUUGCAUAUAUAAUUACAUGCAAAAUUGUGAAUGUUUCAAGUUGUAAAGUUUGUAUAAUUUAGUAAAUUAUAUGACACUUUGUUAAAAUACAUGUACACAUAUCAGUAAUUAGUGAGAAAUUAAAGCCAUUUAUGUACAUAAGCAGAUGAUACAGAAAAUAAAAACAUCAAUUCUAGUUCUGUGA